CGCGUGCUCAGAAGGACGAUCGAAUGCGCUUCCAAGUCGUCAUGCGUCUUUGCUUGGGGUCUCAAGAAGUCCGAGAAUUUUCGUCCUUCCGAGAAAAAGUUCAACAUUGGCAGCUUGGACGUGAACGGCGGACUUCUCGAGCCCCGUGGGUGGGCCCCGUCGCAAUUGCGCACCGAUGUUGAUUGAAUAGACGGGCUAUCUCAUGACACGGCAUUUUGUUUCGUCCUCUGUUCUGUUUGGAGGCAGUUGAAUGAGCUCUCAGCAUUACAUGAUGAGCAAUGUUGGUGCUGAUCGAAGGUUUGUCGACGAGGCUAGUUGAGUCACGCGACGCGGGAGGUUCUUGUGGACCUCGAGGUGAUGGCGUCCCCUGGUUUCGAGCGCGUCUGGGGAGCUUGGCUCGAUCAGGCUUUGUUGGAUUUGGGGCGUCUUCAGCUGAAUCGGAAGUUGUUGUCGAUCAACAGUUCGGUUCAUUCCGCCCGCGAUGGUUGUAGUAAGCUGCGGGUUGAGAAUUUGGGCAGUUUGGAGAAUGUCGAAACUUUUGAGGCUUUGGGGCCUUGGGAUCGGGAGACCGUGGACAUGACGGUGUCGCAGUCAGAUUUCACAGAGUGGCUGGGCGGCGAUUCUUCUACGGGACAGCGUGUCUGCGUUGACUUCGUUAAGUCGAAUGAUUCCCCAUCUUCCGAGUCAACGUCAUCAAAAUCCAAUCACAGCUUGCGCCUGUUUUCUGGGAAUGAUUACUUGGGCCUAUCUGCUCAUCCCUCAGUUCGACUAGCUGCCGCUCGGGCUGCAAUGGAAUAUGGAAUGGGGCCCAGAGGUGCGGCACUUAUAUGUGGCUAUACAUAUCAUCAUCGUCGAUUGGAGUCGGCCUUGGCUGAGCUGAAACAUACCGAGGAAUGUUUGUUAUGCCCCACUGGUUUCGCUGCAAACAUGGCAGUUAUGACAGCGCUCUCCAGUGUUCUGAAAGGAACUCUGUCAGCGAAGGGAGGUGCUUUCGCAAUCUUUUCGGAUUCUUUGAACCAUGCAUCGAUCAUAGAUGGAGUCCGUCUUGCCCAGAAGACUGGUUAUGCAGAAGUCUACCAGUACAGACACUCGGAUAUGGUGCAUCUGGAGAAACUGCUGCUGGAAUGUAAGCUUCAACGGAAGGUUGUGGUGACAGACAGUUUGUUCAGUAUGGAUGGGGACUUUGCUCCAAUGACAGAAUUGGCUUCUCUCCGUCGAAAGUACAACUUCUUGUUAGUGGUCGAUGACGCACAUGGCACAUUGGUCUGUGGAGAAAAUGGAGGAGGUGUUGCAGAGGCAUUCGGCGUGGAGCAUGAUGUUGAUAUAUAUGUGGGCACUCUAAGCAAGGCUUUUGGCUGCCAUGGUGGUUUCAUUGCAACUAGCCGAAAAUGGAAGCAGUGGAUUCAGUCACGAGGCCGCUCAUUCAUAUUCUCAACAGCCCUUCCUAUUCCCGUUGUUACGGCUGCUUAUGCUGCCAUAGUUGUUGCACGUGAAGAGAAAUGGAGGCAGCAUGUUUUGUGGGAAAGAGUUCGACAACUGUCUGCUGGUAUUGGCGUAGACUUGGUCAGCCCAAUUGCUCCCAUCAUUAUUGGGAGUGCAGACGAGGCCGUUUUGGCAAGCAGGGAACUAUUACAAGCUGGUUUUCAUGUCCUCGCCAUACGGCCGCCCACUGUUCCCGAAGGCUCUUCUAGACUUCGAAUUACUCUGUCCUCAUCCCACACGGAAGCCGAUGUAGCAGCGCUAUUGGAUGCUCUUCCUUCAUGGAUCAAGGAACGGGCUAAAACACGGCCCUCGUUGAGCAUCUCUUCAUCCUGUAGAUGGCAGCCUUCAGUUUUGACUGAAAGGUUGGGUCUUCUCGAACCCUUUAGUUCACGAGGGUCGAAGCAGUACAACAGAGAAGCUGGACUUUCGAGGUUAUAAAUUAGGACCAGGCGCAGAUUCUUACCGUUCGCGAGUACAGUGCUGGUUAUCGUGGUUAGUCACACGUCGUUAGUCAGGCCAUUUUGUCACAGCGCCGUGUAGAAACUGUUUUAGUUGCUACUAUCAAUCGCACAUGCUGGUCAUAGUGUAGCGAACCCUGGGAUUCAUAAUCUACAGGAGAGUAGGACACUCAGUGAGUUGAGGGUUUUAAGAUCUACAGCAAUUUUGCAACAUAAGAGUAGUUCACGUAGUAAACGAUUUUGUUAGUUCUGGCAGGAAAGCAAUCGCUUAUUCAUGGUGGUCAAUACGAAAAGAGCAUUAGAACAUUGUCUUUUGUAGGUUGCACAGCGUUCCUAGACUGAACGAAUACUUUGAUAACUGUUUACAUCAUGGUCUUUCGUCAAGUUCUACAAUUUACGCCACAGCCUCUUUCA